AUGGCCUUCAUGCACAGGCGCCUAGCACCUUUGCCAAAGGCAUUCCUCUCCUUCGAUGACGAAGCACCUGCGCCCACAGGCGCUCUCCGUCGCUCUAGCAGCUUUCCCGGCUUUAUACCCUUCCAGCUCGCCGAGGUUAAACUUCGAGCUUGUGAGCCCAACGCCGAGCCGGUCUACGAAGCUUCCGACGCAAAAGAAGACCCCAAUGCGCUUGUUUUCUCGGGCACCGAUGACGACAGCGAAACCACCGCGAUGAUUAUCCAAGGUGUGCCAGAGCUCAUGACUCAGCAAAAUCUGGCAGAGGACUACGAAGCUUCCGACGCAAAAGAAGACCCCAAUGCGGUUGUUUUUCCGGACACUGACGACGAGAGUGAAACCACAACGAUGAUUAUCCAGGGCGUGCCAGAGCUCAUGACUCAGCAUGAUCUGACAGAGGAGUUGAACAUCUGCGGCUUCCAGCAGCUCUACGACUUCUGCCACCUGCCAUGGAACUUCAGCUUGCGCAGGAACGAAGGCUACGCAAUUGUGAACUUCGUGGAUCCCAGGGUCGCUCAGAUGUUUCAGAAGUCAUGGCACCACCGCAUGCUCACAGCGUUGGUUGUGGGCUCCCAGCAGGUCACCGUCGUCCGCUCACACGUGCAGGGCCUUGAGGAGAACAUGAAGAAGUGGUGUGGACGCAGGACCCAGAUGCCGGACAUCAAACCGUUUGCGCCUCCAGAGGUGGUCAAGGCCUUCGUGGCAAGAGAGCAGGAGACGGGUGGCAGUGGCAGACGCAUGAUGCCUGCUGUGAAUCUGGAGCCGUCGGUUUCUCGUGCCCGCCGCGGACGCGGACACGGCCGGAAUCGACGCAGGGGCGCAGGCAUGCCCUUGAAGGUUCUUGGCGGCAAGUCACAGGUCAGCAUGACCCGGAUCGCUGCGCAUAGCUCAAGGUAUGCAGACGAUCCUGUUUACCUUGUCUUCGACGUGAAUGAGAAGACAGGUGCCGAAGUGCGGAAUCUCGUCUGGAAGUCAGUGAAGGAGGCCGGCGGGGUCUCGGACUUCUGUGCCGCAACAGCCGCUGCCGAUGCUACUCGUGCUGUGGAUGUGCUGCAGCAGUCCCGCGGGCUCCAUCAGCCUCCAUCGGCAGACUUGAAAGCUUGCGAUGAAGUGCCUUUGAGGGAAGGCGCCUCUGGCAUAGGCACGCGGCAGACCGACAAGUAUAGGCAUCGCAGCAGCCGGGCAGACGGUCGAGUGGAGAACAUCCCCUUCAAGUAUGCCAGCGUGAAAUGCAGGUGGGACCGGGAAAUGGGCCUCACCGUCGUGGAAGUGCUGCCACGGAUGUUUCCCCUGCGGAUAGGCGAAGGAAACUACAAGACGCAGGGCAAGGGGUUCGCCGCCAUGUGCUGGACCUUUGAAGUCACGCUGGCGGCAGCUUCCUUGGAAACUCUAUGCCUCCUGGCGCUGUGCUCCCGAGGGCGGCGGUACGACCGCCCCAAUGCAUCUCUGAUUCUGCCGCUGGUGCUGCAGGAGUGGCUGCAAGUUGUUUUAUGGGCACACAUAGGCUCAUCUUCAACGGAGUGUGAUGCGACCAAUCGGACCGUGUCGGCCAUCAUCGCUUACUUGGUCUGCGCGGUUCCUGCGUGGAUGUGCUCGCAGCCACUGUUGUGCCCGGACGUACAGUCUGAUGUCGCGCCAGAGCUUCGGCAGUUCUCCCGAAGCCUCUUGGGUUUCGCCUGCCUUUGUGGGGCAGGCGGUGCGCUCGUGCAAAUCGUUGGCCAGGGAUUUGGUUGGAUGACCUCGGUCUGCACGUACCCUGGGCCGUGGCACCACCAGAUUUGGCCGGUGCUGAAUAUCCAGUACAACUUCCUCCCCGGUCUUUGGGGCAGCCUGCUGGGCCGGGCCCUCUCUGCUGGGAAUCUCUUGCUGUACUUCAUCGCCAGCAUCGGGGGCUUCAUGUCCCACCGCCCCUCCUACGUGCUGCCCUGCCUAGCCUUUGUGGGCCUCAACGCAGCGAUACUCAUCUUGAUCCUCGGACGCGAGUGGGGCUCCUUUUGGUGCUUCCAGGCCUCGCUCUUGGGGCUCGUGGCCCUCCUGGAGCCCUGGCUCUUCGAGCGCUUCGGCGAGCACUUCAUGUUUGUGGACAAGGAGCCCAAGGAGCCCAGGAAGGAGGCCAAGGAAGCCAAGGAAGCUGAAGCCAUCGGUGCUGCAGAGGAGGUGGAUUCCCUCGUGGCCUGUAACCCAGGGCACUUCUCUGUGGCCCGCCGGCAUGCUGCCCGUGCAGACUGGAUGUAUCGCGUGCCUCGAUCCAAGGGCUGGCUGCUCCGGCGCGAUCAAAAAGGUUUACAGGAUCAGGGCGGCUGGGGCAUCAAGAUGCAAGCUGGUGUUGCCCAACAGGCCUGUAACCAGAUGAAUGCCCUCUGGUUUGCAGCGGGUCACCGCAUUCAGGCGCUCGACUGCAACAUGGGAGCCUUCAUCGGCGAGGCUUUCAAGAUUCCGUACGUGCUUCGGCGUUUUCUGCCCUUGGGCCAGAAAAACCGUGUGGCAUCCCGCUGCCGCUAUCUGGGAUUCCGGGAGUACAUCUACACCGGCCGGGAAGGGACAGUGGGGAAAUGCCAUGCCGCGGCUGAGUGGACCUUCGGGACCAUCUAUCAGCGCUUUCUGAGCGGUAUGGGCAUCCGAAUGCACUACGGUCAUCCAGAUUUUGUUUGCGCCUUUUGGGCGCGAAAUCGAGGUGGAAUGAGUAAAGGCUCAGCCGUCGUCAACCUCAGCGAGGACAUUUUUGCAGGUUACAACCUCCACAUGCGCGCCGAAGCGUCGCCGCACGUGGACGUGUUAGAGUUCGAGAAGGGGCGCGAGGCUGCCUUCAAUGCCGCGUCGCUCUUCUUUUCGAAGAUUUCCGCGGGAAGCGUGGGCAUAAUUCGUUCACGAGACAACCACCUGCUUUGCGAAAGGAUUGGUGUUCUUCAUUCCCUAUCGUUUUACUUUACAUCCGUUGCAUUCUACGUUAGCAACCUCUUGAUCGAUUUCUCCAUCACUUUGUAUGUCACCCUCUUUAUCGUUUUCACGCUCGCCAACAUCGACUUGACGAAGCUCUCCGCGUUGGGCUCCUCCUUCAAUGGGGAGUGGCUGCUGUCGCUGGGCAUCAUGAGUCUUUUCCCGCAAUUGUGCGAGAUGAUCCUCGAGUUUGGCGCCAACCGGGCGUGCAGGGAGGUCUUCGGUGGCCUUCCGGCAUCGACGAUGUUCUUCAUUUUCCAAAACAAAAGCAUCGCAGCCGCAAUGCGCUCUGGCGCCAUCUCGGGGCUGGCCAGGUACGCGGGCACUGGGCGGCCCCUGGCGAACCUGCACCAGACCUGGAAGGAUAACUACUGCAACUACUUCAAGUCGCACUACACGCCCUCGAUCCGAGGGGGCCCUGGUCUGAUGGUUUUGUACAUCGUCUACAACCUACUUGCCAGCCAAACGUUUCAGGGGCAGCUGCCCAUGUUUCUGGUAGUCAUCUCUUUCACUUUCUGGAUCGUGACGCCCGUGAUCUUCGCGCCGUUUGCGAGAUGCACGCUGAUCACCCAGGACCUGCGCGAUUUCAAUGGCUUCAUCAACGGACGCGCAGGGAUGUCAGAGGCCGAGCUCGACGACGUCGUGGACCGUGGCCGAAAGAACAAGAUGCCCCGCACACUCUUUGAGUGCGGGCUAACCGAUGCCAUCCUCUACUGGACUGAUGUGCCUUGCUCGGUUCUUGUGGGGAAGCUCAUCGGCAGGCAGGCAUGUCCAGGUCGAGAGAUGGACGAGGCCUUGAUGGUGCAGAAGAGGGCUAGACCAGGCGGAUCUGGGACAGGGAAAGCUGCAGCGCGCAAGCUUGCGAUGACAUUUGAAGGUGGCGGAUUCAAAGCACACUCAGCCUUUACGGGCGUAAUGAGCGGUUUGCUGGGUGCUUCCGGGCUCGGCUUGGAGGAGUUGCUUCGUGCAGUCGAAGUCUUGGUGUCCAUAAGUGGAGGAACGUGGUUCUCAGCUCAGCUGAUUUAUUCUCCGGCCUUUCAGUCCCUCGUUGAAGAGAUGGGCAAGAAGCCCGACGAUGCCGCGAAGCUGUUCUGGAAGUCUUGGGUGGUGCCGCUCUUGGACUCCUUGCUGACGAAGAGCACUGGUCCUUCGACCCCGUGGAAUCCUCCGAAGCCAACAAGUGUCCCGCAGACGGUGUUGAAGAAUGACCGUUUCCACAAGUUGCCAGCAACAAGGGGAAAACUUUGGAUCUUGAUUGAUUUCAUUGAGAUUCUCUUCGAGGUCAUCUAUGCCUUUCUUCAUCAGCACGGGAAUUGGGAGGACUUUGUUGGAAAGAUCCUCAACACCAUGGGAGACAUGUCCAGCCAAGAUACAUUGGGCAGCAAGACCAAUCCUUGGGCCAGCAACAAGACUUGGCUGGUGUCCGUGUCGGUGGCCAGUGCCGGAAAUGGUACUGGUCCAGGAUCUUGCGCAAGCUCCGCUUUCCGACCGCUGUGCAUCGCCAAGCUGUAUCACGGUCCUUCCGUGGAAGUGUACCGGAACGGUACGUUCGGCGUGACCUACUCUUGCCCCAGUACUGCGACCCGGGCCAUGUCCUCCUGGGCACCCGCCGCCUUCAGCGUGAAAUUGGGUAUGCCAGACGUGCCCAGUGCCAUUUUCUGCCAUGACUGCUCAGACCUCGAGUUCCACUAUAGCGGGGUGACACGGACGAAAGGAGACCCGUGGGCAGCAUCACCCAAGGGCCUCUACGCCUUCGGCACGGAGACUCCCGUGAUCCAGGCUGUGGCAGCUUCCUCUGCCUUCUUGGGGCCCCUGUCAGCGAUCCCCUUGAACAAGCAAGGCUUUGCCGAACAGAUCGCAAGGGCAGUAAAGGGCUUCUUGGACAGCUUUGAGGGCAUCCCACCCUGGUUUGCAGACUUCCUCUCCCAGGGCUUACAAAAUGCCUUGAACAUCAACUGGAUCGUCUGGGCUCAGAAGGCAGAAAGUGACAAGGCGGCCUUUCAGGAUGCCGUGAAGGUCAUCAAGUUCCUCUACAACUCGGGAGGUGAUAUCGGACAGGAGGAGCUGGACCGGCUGGCGGAGAAGAGUUUCUUUGGCAUUGCUGAUGGGGGCGUGGGCGACAAUUCCGGCAUUGGACACUCCCUCGUCUCUGGCGCAGAUGAGAUCGUGGUCUUCGCAGACAUGCCAACGAGUGUCUCACAGACCGGGAAGCAAGAGGGAUCACGGCAGAUCUUCGAUGUGCCUUUCGUUGACUUGUGCCCUCUUUGCUAUGCGAAUUUCCAACUCUUCGAGGAGUCAAAGGAGGAGAUCGAUGCGCAGUGGGAGGAGCAGCAGACCUUCUUCUACCUUCCACCAGACACGACGACCCUGAACUCCCUGAGCAUCGGAACCCUGCAGCUCACAACUGCUCAGAACGACUACUUUGGCACUUCAGGAGGUCGCUCGGUGAAGGUGCAUGUCAUCAGUGUCUUGUCGGGCCUUGGGAUCGGUGGCAAGGCUUAUGAGGAUUACGCCACUUUCGUGAAAGAUAUCAUUGGUGCUUUUGCCCGCCCCGAUAACCAGGACAAAGUGCAAGAGAUCCUGAGCUGGCGGACCAGCCAGGUUGUCGUCAUGCUUCGCGCUUGGCAGCAGCCGGGCACGCCUUGGCGCUUGUUUUUUGCGCAGCACUGGGUGGCGCUGCCUUCAGAGAUCAUGGACUUCCUCUGGGUCUACACAGUGCUUCUCUGCUUCCAGUGGCUGUUAGUCUUCGGCUUCUUCUACUUCAAUCUGAACAACAUCCUCUUGAUGUCAUCUUGGCUGGUUUGGCUUGCUGUGCUUCUCGUGGGCCGCCUCUACGUUAUUGGGGUCAUUGGCGAGCGCGCCACGGCUCCUUCACUUUGGGUGCGCCUACCAGAGUUCUUCAUCUCGUUCCUCGUUUUCGUGGAGUACUUAGGUUUCCUCCAGCACCUCAUCCUGACGAUUUUCCGACUUACGGGGGCGGCUGCAUCCGAGGACGGCUUUGCCUGCCUCCACGUGAAGAGGAGAGUUUCGCAAGACUCCACCAACCGAAGGUUGCACCGGUGCAUUCGAUUUGCCCACGUGUUCUUCUUCUCGCAUCAGCUGCAUACCUUGCAGGCCUACAUCGUGCUCGUCGCCAAUCUGCUGACGUCCUUGUUCCUUGCGAGCACGGACAAGGUCUUUUGCAACUUGAGAAUGCACACUUGGUGGCUUCUCAACUCGGUUGCGGGGGACCCCAAGUACUUGGAGAGCGAGCCCAGCGCCAAGCUUUCCGGGAGAAGUCCACCAUCGAAAGUCAAAAGUGAUUAUUGCGAAUAUUUCGGUCUGAGAGCUCCCUGUUGUGGUGAGGGUCUGCAAAAGCAUUGA